GUUGGUUUCUAUACAUUGUCUCCUUCCCCAAAUAAAACACCCCAGUUCCUGGUUGACCUCUCUCUCACUUGUGUGUUUUCCCAUAGGUACUACCUGAAAAACAACAUGGAGACUGAGACACUGUGCUCAGACGAGGAUGCCCAGGACCUCCUCAGAGAGAGCCAGAUCUCUCUGCUGCAGCUCAGCACCAUGGAGGUGGCCGCUCAGCUCUCCAUGAGAGACUUUGAGCUCUUCAGAAAUAUCGAGUCCACAGAAUAUGUGGAUGAUUUAUUCAAAUUAGACUCCUCAGUGGGAAGCGGUAAUCUGAAGCAGUUUGAGGAGGUGAUAAACCAGGAGACCUUCUGGGUCGCCACGGAGAUCCUAAAAGAGCCCAACACCCUGAAGAGGAUGAAGACCAUCAAGCAUUUCAUCAAGAUCGCCCUGCACUGCAGAGAAUGCAAAAACUUCAACUCCAUGUUUGCGAUCAUCAGGUGAGCUGCGUGUGUGUGUGUGAGUGAGUGAUAGUAGUGAGCCUGGAUACCAUUUCCCGUGGCAGCGUAUGUACCAAACGAACCUCCUCAAGAGAAUCGGU